AUGGCCCUCCGCGGGUGCCUCCGGCCGCGCAAAGUUCGCAGGAGGCGAGAGAUGCUGCCGCAGCAAGUUGGCUUCGUGUGCGCGGUGCUGGCCGUGGUGUGCUGUGCCUCCGGCCUCUUUGGCAGCCUGGGGCAUAAAACAGCUGCUGUUAGCAAGCAUGUUCUACCAGACACAUGGAGACAUAGAAGGCUGAUGGCACCUGUGAACGGGACUCAGACAGCUAGGAAUUGCACAGAUCCUGCGAUUCACGAGUUCCCCUCAGACCUGUUCUCCAACAAGGAGCGACAACACGGAGCCGUCCUGCUGCAUAUCCUCGGUGCUCUGUACAUGUUCUACGCCUUGGCCAUAGUCUGCGAUGACUUUUUUGUUCCGUCUCUAGAGAAGAUCUGUGAGAAGCUCCAUCUGAGCGAAGACGUCGCCGGAGCCACCUUCAUGGCUGCAGGAAGCUCGACGCCCGAGCUGUUUGCCUCCGUUAUUGGCGUGUUCAUCACCCACGGAGACGUUGGAGUUGGAACCAUCGUGGGCUCUGCUGUGUUCAACAUCUUGUGCAUAAUUGGCGUUUGUGGAUUAUUCGCGGGGCAGGUGGUCCGUCUGACGUGGUGGGCUGUGUGCCGAGACUCCGUGUACUACACCCUCUCUGUCAUCGUGCUCAUUGCUUUCAUAUAUGAUGAAGAAAUUGUGUGGUGGGAAGGACUGGUGCUCAUCAUCUUGUAUGCGUUUUACAUUCUGAUCAUGAAGUACAAUGUGAAGAUGCAGGCCUUUUUCACCAUCAAACAAAAGGCCGUUGCCAAUGGCAACACGGUCAACAGUGAGCUGGAGGAUGGUAAUGAUUACUGUGAGAGCAGUUCUGAUGACCCCUCCAUGCCAUUGCUGGGGCAAGUGAAGGAGGAGCCUCAGUACAGCAAAAACCCAGUGGUGAUGGUGGACGAGGUCAUGAGCUCCAGCCCUCCCAAGUUCAGCUUCCCGGAGGCGGGCUUACGCAUCAUGAUCACCAAUAAGUUUGGGCCCAGGACCCGACUGCGGAUGGCUAGCAGGAUCAUAAUUAAUGAGCGGCAGAGACUGAUCAACUCGGCUAACGGUGUCAACAGCAAGCCACUUCAAAACGGGAGACACGAAAACAUCGAGAAUGGGAAUGUUCCCAUGGAAAACCCCGAAGACCCUCAGCGGGAGCAGGAACAACAACCCCAGCCGCCACCCCCACCCCCAGAGCCGGAGCCAGUCGAGUCUGCCUUCCUGUCCCCCUUCUCCAUGCCCGAGGCAAGAGGGGACAAAGCCAAGUGGGUGUUCACCUGGCCACUCAUCUUCCUCCUGUGCAUCACCAUCCCCAACUGCAGCAAGCCCCGCUGGGAGAAAUACUUCAUGGUCACCUUCAUCACCGCCACGCUGUGGAUCGCUGUCUUCUCCUACCUAAUGGUGUGGCUGGUGACAAUUAUUGGAUACACGCUUGGGAUCCCCGAUGUCAUCAUGGGCAUCACUUUCCUGGCAGCGGGCACGAGUGUUCCAGACUGCAUGGCCAGCUUAAUCGUGGCGAGACAAGGCCUUGGUGACAUGGCGGUCUCAAACACCAUAGGAAGCAAUGUAUUUGACAUCCUAGUGGGACUCGGCAUACCGUGGGGCCUGCAGACCAUGGUUAUUAACUAUGGGUCCACGGUGAAGAUCAACAGCCGGGGUCUGGUCUAUUCCGUGGUGUUGUUGCUGGGCUCUGUCGCUCUCACUGUCCUCGGCAUCCAUCUCAACAAGUGGAGACUUGACCGGAAGCUGGGCGUCUGCGUGCUGGCCCUCUACGCUGUCUUCUUGUGCUUCUCCAUCAUGAUCGAGUUUAACGUCUUCACCUUCGUCAACUUGCCCAUGUGCCAAGAAGACAAUUAAAGCCCAGGCGCUGCACCCCCUCUCCCCGCAGCCCCGGGAGCUGUUCUGGACUCUCCGGCGCCGGUGUCCUCGCUCUCUCCCCUGCCCCACCGCCAGUCUCUCCUGCCUCGGUGGUCACCUUCUGCUCUUCCACACGCUGGAAGGAAGGGCCGUCGUGCUCGUCGUCUGGUCACGAGCCGGGCCGCUGGGCGGUGGCCUCCUCCUCCUCGGAGCUCUGCCCUCCCCACGCAAGGCAAGACUGAGGGGCCGCUGCCGAGCCGCCUGGCAGCCCCCUGAGCUGGCAGCCACAGGGGUGCGGCGGGCCCCUCUCCUCUCUCAGACACUGUAGUGAGGACUUCCAUGUGCAAUGUGUCUCUCUGUCGCCUCGGGAGUGAGGCGGCCAGGAGAACGGGAGGUCCCCUGGGACAAGUGCAAAACGGGAAUGUCGCUCUCAAGUGUCACCUCUGGGCCGGAGGGUGUGAGUCCCUCAGGCCGCAUGUGCGCCUCCGACCUCGGCUAGGAGCACUCACAGUUUGGAGGGGACAAGGCCUCACCCUGCUGAGCGUUUGGAGGGGGCCCCCCAAGGGCAAACACUCCACCCCUUUCUCUGGAAAAAUCGGAAGACUUGAAAGCGUCUCACAGCCAAAAGGAGAAACACACGUGAACUUCCUUGUCACUUGUAUUGAGGCAUUCAGAGAACAAGCGAUGAAAUAUUAAAAAUAAAAUGUCCUGUAGAUCAUCAUACUUGAAAAAAUAGCAUUCCAUACAAAAAGGCCAUGCUGAGGACCAAAAAAGGUAACACUCCAUGGAAAACGAACCCUAUGUGUAUCGUGUUGCGCUGACACCAGGACGUUCGGUUUGGAAUAUAGAAAAGCACGAAAGACUAACAUCUACCUGGGUGCUAAUUCAGAGACGCGGCGGAGAUGGUAGUUUGCGGCCCUACAGUCCAGACCUUCUGUGUGAUGAGGCACAACGUCCAUGUGGGGUUGUCGUCCCUUUGUUAAGUGCUCUCCUCUCAUAAGCCACCCUGUUGCAAGACCCGAUUGUCUCUAUGCCCAGCAAAUUUCAUAGCCUGCUGAACUGGAACGAGUGAGCCACACGUAAGGGGUAAAAACGAGAAGAGAGAUUUCCUGGGGGGGGAAAAAAUUGCUCUCUGUUCCCGGGAGGCAAGUAUGAAAACCAUAACUUGGCAUUUUGUAGAGCUAAGUUUCUUGAGCCUUAGAGUUGGCUGCCCGUGAAGGGCCAAGGAUGAGAGGCGGAGUCACAAAGAGAAAAAAAAUACUAAACAAUUUUCACCUGCUUCGUACCUCUCAGAUCUGUAUUAAAAAGAUUUAUGAACAAACCAUCCGUGGUUUCUAAAAAGAAAGCACAAUUCGCUUUAUAUAGAGGGGGUUUUUUCUUAUUUUUUUAAUAUUUCUAUUGCAAAAGUCUAUCGGAUUUGAUGCACUUUUAAUAACUGGGGUAUUCUGCCUAGAAGAAUGUGUGGGAACUGGCCCAGAUAGGGUGAGGAAAGAAGGGUUUUAGUGAUUCACCAAUAAUCAGUCAUGGGUGAUGAGCUGAAAUACAAUAGCUAACUCCCUCCUGAAACCCAAAGGUUGUGACCUGAGGUAGACUUCGUGGCUGUGCUUGCUAAGGCCUCCUGAAUUUCAAAGGAGGAAGUGCUCGCGUCUGUGUCCUUUCAGCGAGCGUGAGCCUAAGACAGGAGGGAACUCGGUCCCCAGGCUUCUGUUCUGGAUCCGCAUCAGUGUCAGCAGCUACGCCACACCAAGGUUCCUCUUUUGUUUCUCUACCUAGAUUGGGUUCAGUGGUCUUCAAGUUGAGGGCAAAGGUGAUUUUCCUAAGAAAUUAGCUAAGUGGGAGGCCAGUGGGAUUGUUGGUAUAAACUUGACAAGCGCAGGAGUUCAGAGCCCCAGGACCUCUCAGCAUAGCUCACCGUGUCCCUUUGGUCUUAACGGCCUCAUCUGGGCUUCAAAGUGUGUCCAUCUCCAUCUCAGUUCUCAGAAUUGCCCUUUGAUGUCCAUAGGGGUGAUUCUCCCCGUUUAACAGAAAAUGUAGUCUUGGGAGAGGUCGGGUGACUCUAGGCAGUCAGUAAGUAGCAGAACACUACUCAUCACCCCUCCCUGGGCGGCCAGUGGGUUGGCCAUCCUUGGUGGGGGGUGGGCGGAGGCCUAGCCUCACCCUUGUGGUUGGUUCUCACUGUUUAAGUUAAAACUUCGGCAAAUAUUUAAUUGACUCCCGGUGCCCCAGCUCAGAUCCUAAUAGCUGUCCCUAUCUGGUGCCCCUGUUUUUUUUCCUGGUAAAGACCAAAAGAUAUUUUUAUCUACAAGGCACAGGCCACGUGGCCCCCAGUGAUGUCCGUGCUGGAUUCACUUCUCUGAAUCCUUGCGUAGCUUCUAGAGAACACAUCCUAAUUACCUGCCUCUUCCUCAGGAGAGUCCAUCUGAGAGGAUACAGUAUCCUACAGUGGCAGUUUGAGACGAAAAAGAUAAUAGUGUUUCUAUUCUAGUACCUAGAGCACUCCUGCUGGCUAAUUCUCUCUUGACUGUAAUGUGCCAAUGUAACUUCCUUAAAGGAUCUGUGUAUUUAUUGUAUCUAGGAAACUAUAUAUACAUUAUAGGUGAAUAAUUCUCUUUUUUAACUAUUUUUCCAUCACCAGUUUAAAGAAUUGCUUGUUAAUUAGGCCUUCACUUUAAAAUAAUGCUUUUAUCACUACACAGGAUUACGUCCUUUAUUUUAUUCCCAAAGCUAAUUAGCACGAGGUAAUUACUCUGCUUCAGAAAUAGGCAAUACAAAAAAAUAAAUUCAGCUCUUCUAACUGGGAGCAGGAAAGAAAAAGAUGAACUAUGGCACUGAGAUGGAAAAUGUCUGUAGAAUCCGGAGCAGGUGGUUCCCGUCAGUUUCUAGUUUGGAAUUUGCCCUUACCAGCUCAAGCACAGACAGGGUUGUUAGGUGUGUGGUGUCUGAAAGCCUGACCCUGGAGGAAGGUUCUGAGUCAGCUGGGCGGAAGACUAAUGGUGAAGGGCACCGCGGGCAGGGCAGGGCAGAGUCAUCAUCCUUCCCGUAACCUGCAGUCUGCUGGUCUCUGAAUCUCGCCCGCGUGCACAGACCUCGCUGCUCGUCGCCCCUCCCCACACA